AUGAAGGCCGCCUACUUCGGCUUCGCCGCCACUGCUGGCCUUGCUCUUGCUGCACCACCAGUGGCUCGCGACGAAUGGCCAAUCACACUUCCAUGGCCCACGGCAGCUCCCAUCCCAACGUCGAAUCCAGACUGGCAGGUCUGUCUCUACUUGACCAAUGACUACUCUUGGCAAGGCUAUGGGGUCAACUUGUGCAUGACCAACGACCAGUGCAGCCCAAAGGUACCUGAUAGUCUCAAUGCCAACAUCAGCUCUGCUGGUCCAAACGAGAAAGAAGUGUGCUAUCUCUACUCCGAGAUCAAUUGCACGGGAACUGCCUCAGCGCCCAUCACCAAUCCAGGCUAUGACAAUCUUGGCAAGAUCGGGUUCGACAAAAUGGCCCGUAGCUGGAAGUGCUGGCGCACCGACAAUAUGACAGCCUCGUCAAGCACCACGACAUCGAGCACCUCCUCGGUCAAAGUAUCUCCCUCGCCAUUCCCAGAGAGCACGUCCAGCAGCACAACAGAAUCCAGAGUCACGAUUGUGGUCACCUUACCGGCGACUUCCACUACUGUCAGCGUAAGCUCUAGCACGACCGAAUGGCCAACCAUCACGACCGCUUCAACUGGUGACCCGAAGUUGCCUACGACAGAAGAGACCACGACAAGCCUUUACUCUACCGUGACUGGCUUUGGUACUCAGAUUAGUCCCACAGUCGUGACGCACACCUACUUGGAUAGCUCGACUGUGGUUACCACGCUCAUGAAGAGAGCUGAAGAAGCCGUGAGUACCACAGUCGACCAGAAAUACAUCUGCACAACCCCAUAUCCGCUGGCGACUUACAUUUCGACAGGCUCAACUAGUAGUCUGACGACUAGUUGGUACACGAUGUGGUAUCAGUGUCCUGGGCACGCGACCUUGGCGGGCAUUGACUCCACGUCCACAAAGGCUGCUGCGCAUCGGAGGUGA